ACCGUAAGCUAUUUCUGUGCGUUGCAAUUUGCAACUAUUGGCUUUGUGAUUCACAAUGAACACGUGUUACGGUGGAUUAACACCUAGUUGAGGAUAUAAAUGAGAUAUAUAAUGUAUUACAAAGUAUAUAUUUCUUACUUUGAGGGGCGUGGACAACAGACACGUGUUUUCUGUCAACACUGCUACGUCACCGCCAACCCGGAAAAACAAUUGAGGUUCUACUGAGAGUUGUGCUUUCAUCGGUUUACACAUCAUCCACAUCUAUUCAAGGGGAAUACAUUGAUUGUAUGGUUCACAAGCUCAAGAAAGUGUUCCAGUGGAUCUCGUAUGUUUAUUCGGCGUUCAUAGGGAUGAACGUUUCAGGGUUAGCGUCGCUAUGUGACAUUAGUUCAGUAGUUCGGUUUCAAGUUAUGGAUGAAACCGAUCACUUCCAAACUUUUAAUCUGUCGGUAUCCUAAAGUGUACAGAUGUACCUUAAAGAGGGGAUACACCUACUGAGAUGUACUAGCUGUCAAUUGAAUGCGCCGGGAGAAAUGAAAUUGAACACGGAAUAUUGACUUCAACCAUGGUACCUUUAAAACGAAGGAAAGUGGCCUCUUCAAACGGUGGUCAGAGUAAUGAGACUGACCCCAGUAAAGAAAGUCGUUUUCCACAAGCAGUGAUCUUCAUAUUAGAGAGGAGAAUGGGAGCGAGCAGGAGAACCUUCCUUGCACAAUUGGGGCGAAGUAAAGGAUUCAGAAUAGAGGACACUUAUAGUGAGUCAGUGACGUACAUCAUAUCGGAAAACAACAGCGGGGACGAGGUGAGGACAUGGUUGGGAGUAAGGGGACAGCAUCAGUCCAGACCACCUGUCCACCUGCUUGACAUCAGCUGGUACACAGAGAGCAUGCGAGAGGGCCUACCUGUGGCCAUACUAGAUAGACACCGGUUACAGGAGCAGCAGGGAGAUCCUGUUGAAGCACCAGCGUUCUUAGCGGCCAGCUACGCAUGUCAGAGGAACACGCAUCAACCCGGACACAAUACCCUUCUCACUGCGGCCUUGUCUGUUCUGGCGGAGAGUGCGGAGCUGAACGGAGACGAGGGGAGAGGCCUUGCGUUCAGGCGGUCCGAGGGCCUCCUGCGGUCCCUGGACAGACGGGUCCAGGGGCCCGCUGAGCUCCGGGGGUUGCCCUGCCUGGGAGACCACUCACGCCGGGUCAUUCAGGAUCUUUUGGAGAAUGGAGUGUCGAGUGAAGUCGAAGAAACCAAGUCGUCCCCGCGCUAUAAAGCCAUGAAGUUGCUGACAGGGAUCUUUGGGGUGGGUGUGAAGACGGCUAAACGGUGGUUUACAGAGGGGAUAUGUAGCCUCGCACAGCUGGAAACAUCAGGACACUCGCUCAACGCAGCACAACAAUCAGGUCUAAAGUACUACACUGACCUCAACCAACCGGUGAGCAGAGAAGAGGCGGACGCCGUCAGCGUGAUGGUGGAGGGUGUGGUGCACUCCGUCCUACCAGGAGCGCGGGUUACCCUGGCCGGAGGAUUCAGGAGAGGGAAGAUGAGUGGCCAUGAUGUUGAUUUUCUGAUCACGCACCCUGACGAAGGAAAAGAAGAGGGACUCAUUCAUAAAAUCAUCGCCUGUUUGGAGUCUCGGGGGCUUCUGCUGUACCAGCAGACUACCAGGAACACCUACCGGGAGUCAGCGAAGGGUGCUGGCCGGCCCAGCUCCAGCAUGGACCGCUUUGACAGAUGCUUCUCCAUCUUCAAACUGACCAAUGACAGCAGUCCUGAGGACACAAGGCGCACUCAGCAGGAUCCGGAGCGGGUUCGAGUGGAAGCGGACCAGACGGGCUCUGGGGGCAGACCCUGGAGAGCAGUGAGAGUGGACCUGGUGGUUUCCCCUAUAAGCCAGUUUGCCUUUGCUCUGCUGGGCUGGACUGGGUCCAAGUUGUUCGAGAGGGAGAUGCGGCGGUGGGCGGUUCGCGAAAGAUCCAUGUCCUUAAGCAGCCACGCACUGUACGACAGAAAUCAGGAGAGUUAUUUAAGAGCGAGCUCUGAGGAGGAGAUCUUCGCUCAUCUGGGUCUGGAGUACGUCUCCCCCACAGGGAGAAAUGCCUGACCCGCUGUCCUUUCCAUCCAUUAAGAUCUAAAUUGCAAGCUUCCCUUCUGUAGUACACAACACAACACUGUUUGUGAUAACCUAAUGGAUUAUAAUAUGGUUAAAUAUUGAUUGGUUUUAUUUUGUAUGCCCAUGUUGAUAGUAAUAUGCCAGUACCUGUUUGUUUCUGUACAAUAAAAUGCCUAAAUGAAACGCAUUAAAUGUUGUGACCGCAAUUGGCUCUUGAAAAAUUGUUGACUGUUUUGAAACUGCAUAAUUUACUAGCCCGUUUUCAAUAAAUCGAAAACAUAAAAAGCUUAUGAUCAUUUUCAGUAAACAGGCUUUAGAUGCAUGAAUAUUUAUGGCAUUUCAGUAGCAGGGCUUGUGGUCCACCCCGCAUAACAGGAAACCCAGAAAAUUACCAUAGCAACAGAAUAACCAUAGCGACCCGGUUGGAUCCUUUGUGUGUUGUAGGCAUUAACACUACUGACUUUCUGACAAAGAAUACUGAGGGAAAUACCAACCACUCGAUUUAUUUAUUCAGUGCAAUUUCAGGACUGGUAAAUGCAUUAAGUAUGAUAAGUCAUCAGGCAGGGGGUAGAGAGGGAUAAGGAGAGAAAUAGAGAGAGGCGAAAUAAGGACCACAGCUGUGAGAAGCAUCCCAGGUUUAUGUAUGGCAGUUGCUUAAACAACCACACACACAUGCUGACACACACACACACACACACACACACACACACACACACACACACACACACACACACACACACACACACACACACACACACACACACACACACACACACACACACACACACACACACACACACACACACACCUGUUGACCUGAAAAUGUAUCCCCAGCAGGAAUCUACUCUUCAUUUGCAUCUAUUGUUGGAAGGAUCUUGUGUAUUACCUGUUCAUUGUAUUCUGUAUAAUUAAAGCUAUAUAGCUGUAAA